AUGCGUGAGACGGAGGCCGCUGAAAAGGCCAGAGUUGUGGAACGAAGAAGGAAUAUGAACUUGAAUAAGGAGGUUCUCGAGCUGAACGAGGAUCUUCAUAACGUUAGGCGUCUAUUUCUGUACAAUGAAGAGCUUAUACGCCAACCUCAAACACUACUGGAGGAGGCGCUCUUUGCGGAAAAGCUUGUAUUAUCUUGUUUGAUUAGAGGGGAAGUGCGAGAGACUUGGUUGAAGACAAUGGAAUGA